AUGUACAUCGUGCAGAGCGAUGGGUAUGCGCAUCUACCGGAGGGAGAUCAGAGCCAGGGGGCCGUUGUGGGGGUGAUUUAUAUGCCGGCGAAGGAGGAGAAUAGGAAGAUGGCGUUUCCGGGCGGUGGGGUGUGGUUUCCGUUUGGGGAGGGGUGGGAGGUUAGUGUGACGGGGAGGGGAGGGUAUCGGUUUAUGUCCAAGGGGAGGGCGGAUGGGGUGAGUCGGGUGGUAGAGUGGGAGAAGAGGGUGGCGAAGGGAAGGUCGUCGUCGGCGUCAGAGGGAAGUGAGAUGAGGGGGGAUGUGAGGUUUACGCUGAAUAUUGCGGAGUCGGGGCUGAGGCGGCCGUGGUUGGCGACGUUGACGAAGCAGGGGUUGAAGGUUGGGGGGUGGGAUCGGGCACAGAGAGAGUAUUUGGCUUCGUCGUUACGAAGUGGGAAUGAAGUGGAGGAAGACGCGGCGCUGUUUACCUCUAUCUUGACGAUGGGGGUCUAUGUGGCAGCGCAAGAGGGUUGGUUGAGUUAA